ACCCAGAAAUCCAGCCGCCAUAGAAGACCUCCUUGACCAAGAUCCCUCUUCUUUCCUAUCCAUCGCCAUCACCAUGAUUGAAACUGGCGCCAAGGCUUCUCGUUCACUGUAAUGGGCGCGCCAUUUCUAUUCUUCUUCCUCUUCCUUCUUCGCGCCGCCUCUGCUUCAAACGAUACCGUGACCCCAACCCAACCGCUCAAAGACGGCGGCGUUUUGGUCUCCCCUACCGGCAAAUUCGCUCUCGGCUUCUUCUCCCCCGGCCGUUCCGCCAACAGAUACCUCGGCAUUUGGUUCCACCAAGUCCCACAGCAAACCGUCGUCUGGGUCGCCAAUCGGGACAACCCCAUCGCCGCCGGCGAUUCCGGAAUUCUCUCAAUCGACUCCACCGGCAACCUCGUCCUCCACGAACGGAGGGAUGGAACGAAAUUUCCCAUUUGGUCAACCAAUGUUUCAGCAAAGUUGGGUUCUUCUUCCUCUCGCUUCGCCCAGCUAUUGGAUUCGGGGAAUUGGGUUUUGUUCAGCGAAAAUUCGACGGUGGCUCUGUGGCAGAGCGUUGAUUACCCGACUAACACAUUGCUACCGGGUGCGAAGCUCGGGCUGGACCGGAAAUCGGGUCUGGACCGGUUCUUAAGCUCGUGGAGAUCCGAGGACGACCCAGGAACAGGGGAUUUCUCGUUUCGGGUCAACCCGAGGGGUUCCCCUCAAGUCUUCCACUAUCGAGGAGAAACCCCUUACACUAGAAGCUUUCCUUGGCCAUGGGGCACCUACGCAGACAUUUUUGACGUCUCCUUCAUAAACAACGAAGACGAAGUUUAUUUCACCAUCACUGUGACCGAGGAUUCUCUUCUCUUCUGGGAAGUCUUGGAUUCGAGUGGAAUUCUGCGGGAGAAAAUCUGGCGAACGGGUUAUGACGACUGGAAGGAGUACUGGGCGACGCCGACUCAGAAAUGCGAUUCCUACGGACGCUGCGGCGCGAACGGUUUGUGCGAUCCGAGCAAUUUCAACACUUUUGAGUGCUCUUGCUUGCCUGGUUAUGAACCAAAGUCGCCGACAAGCUGGAGAUUGUUCGACGGGUCUGGUGGGUGCGUUAGAAAAUCAUCGGAAUCGGAAACGCCUGAUGGAUUUUGUGGGGUGGGAGAAGGGUUCGUGAGAGUGCAGAAGGUGAAGGUUCCUGAUAGCACAAGAGCUGUUUGGGUUGGGAAGAAGAGCGGCAGCGAGUUGAGUUGCGAAGAUGAGUGCAGGAAGAACUGUUCGUGUUCUGCGUAUGCUGAAAUGGAAAGUGCUGGUGGGAAUGUGAAAGGUUGCUUGUUAUGGUUUGGAGAGUUGGUGGAUACUGUGUAUUUCCCUGUAACGUUCCAGGAUUUGUAUGUCAGAGUUGAUGCAGCUGAAUUUGCUAAUUAUCAGGGUGGAUCGAAUGACUCUUUUGAGUUGAAGCUGAAGUUGAGCAUUCUUCUGCCAUCUAUUGGUUCAGUAUUGCUUGUUGUGAUCGUGCUUGGCUUCUGUUGGCUCAGGAGGUGGCGAAACAGGACAGCGAAGAAGAGAAGGAUCAGAGAUUUGUUCCAUCCAAAUCAUGGUUCAAACCACUUCACGGAUUCUGUUGUUACAGAGGAAAUGGAGGGAGGUUCAGUAUAUCCCGAGCUGCCAUUUUUCAGCCUCAAUGCCAUAAGGGCUGCUACUGACAAUUUUUCUCCAGCUAACAAGCUUGGAAGAGGAGGUUUUGGCUCCGUUUACAAGGGGAGACUCCCCAAUGGACAAGAGGUUGCAGUGAAAAGGCUGAGUGAAAAUUCCAGGCAAGGGUUGGAGCAGUUUAGGAAUGAAGUACUGUUGAUUGCAAAGCUCCAACACCGGAAUCUUGUGAAGCUCUAUGGAUGCUGCAUCGAAGAAGAGGAACAAAUGCUGAUUUAUGAGUAUUUGCCCAACAGAAGUCUGGACCUCUUUCUUUUUGAUCGAAAAGGAGGAACGUUGUUAGAUUGGAUGAGACGUUUCAAUAUCAUAGUCAGGAUUGCACGUGGCAUCCUGUAUCUUCAUCAGGAUUCAAGGUUCAGAAUUAUCCAUCGAGACUUGAAAACCAGCAAUAUUCUCCUAGAUGCAGAGCUGAACCCCAAGAUCUCAGAUUUCGGCAUGGCUAUGAUACUGGAGGCUAACCAAGUUCAAUGGCAGACAACCAGCAUUGGGGGGACUUAUGGUUACAUGUCACCAGAGUAUGCAGUGUUUGGGAAAUUCUCAGAAAAGUCCGAUGUCUUCAGUUUUGGUGUCAUAUUGCUUGAAAUGAUAACCGGCGAGAAGAUCAGUAGAAUCUAUCAAGAUGAAGAAAACUCCAACCUGAUAACCCAUGUGUGGAUGAAGUGGAAGGAAGACAGGGCGCUGGAGAUUGUGGAUCCAUCGAUGGAGGAGGGAUCCUACGACACUCAGGAGGUGUUGAGAUGCAUCCAGAUUGGGCUGUUGUGCGUGGAGGAAAAUGUGGAAGACCGACCCAAUAUGCUGACGACGGUUCUUAUGCUGAGCAGUGCGAUGCCUCUUCCUCUUCCUAAACAACCCUCAUUUGCCAGCACUGGCUGCAGCAUCAUACCUAAAGUAACUGGAGGAUCAUGCUCGCUAAACGAUGUGACUCUAACCGGGCUUGUGACACGCUGACAAUGAUACUACGAGAGACUGAACAAGGGAAUCUCGCCAGGUACGCGUGGGUGGGUUACAUGCUGUCUCUUACAGUGUGCUUUGGUUGCCAUAGUAUGAAAGGAAUGAUGUUUGCGCGUCUUUGGUGCGAUAGGUGAGCCAGCUAAUGAGGAUAGACUAGACGUUGAUUUUGUUCAGAAUUGUACUUUCUAUCUUAGGCAAUGAAGGGCUAGAUGCUGAGAUGCUGUCAUGCCGACCUUCCUCGUCUUCACACUAUCAUGCACAUGCAAGAAAGUUUAUAGAAGAAUGUAUAUAUAUAUAUAUAUAU